CAAGCACCCACCCACACAUGCUGAGUAAUUCAUGACGCAUGUUGUAACUUCACGUAUGUGCCAGAUAACCUGCAGCUACAGCUCUUCAGUGACACUUCAGUUUUUGUCGAGUCUAAACUUAUCACAACAGCCAUUAUGUAGUGUAUAGUACACACAACCUCCAGUGAGACGAAACAGAGAUAUGUUUGUGGCAAAACUUUUCAAGCUAAGUCAAGAAUCACAUCUUUAAACAUGUGUAGCAAAGCCAAGGAAAAAGAUUAAGAUUUAUCUUCCUGUUCUUCUGUGACAUGGGAAGGAAAGAAGAUGGGAUGAUAGGAAAGUGUGACAAGAAGGGUGUAUUGUUUGAUUUGUCUCCAAAACUGAAUAUAAUUUAUGAUGUGCUGAAAUCUUGAGCAAUUUUCAAUAUAUUUCCCAGUCAUCAGGAGAGAGUUUACACUUUUGUUAAAGCAGUGUCACACAGUAUGAGGUGUAGUUUCUGUGUUUCCCAUGCUCUAAUUAAAAUGCUAUACCAAGUGGAAUACUUACCAGUCCAUCACUUAUCCUGGCACUAAUUAUGCCACUUUUUUUUCUUAUGUCAACCCUAAUAUGCAGCUAAAUCUUUAUUCCAGUUUCAACUGUGACAACAAACAACAUGUACUAAUAUUUUUAGCUUAAACAGUUUUUAAUUGUCAGAUUUAAGUUUUGUUUGCCAAAAUUAUGUAAUGGAUCGUUUCUUCAAUUUGGAAGAAGAGAAAACCUUGUUCACUAAAACUGAUUUGUGGAAAUAGAGUGGACAGGCAGAAACCUAAAAAUAUACUGUAUUGGUUGUGCUGUGGUGGCAAACUCCCAUCAUACAUUUUAACUUAUAUGUACUUUCCAAUUCCGAUAUGACGUGAUCAUCACAGAGCUUCUUGUAUGUGCUUUUUUGUUCCUGUUCUUUUUUCUCCUUUAUGUAAUUUCUGUCUUUUUUAUUUCUGUGACGCUUUUGUUUAAAGUUAAUCAUGGUAUUGCAUAUGUCUUCACUCUCAUAGGAGUCUGUUUGUGUCUAAAACAGAAUUGUAUUAUAAUAGUUGUCAUUAUUAUUUAUGGCUGUUUUGAGUUUGGACCCAUAAAACCAAAACAUAGUAGAAACCUGUGGUGUAAUUAACACCACAGCUGUAAAAUUUCUUAUUAAUUUAAAAGAGAUCAAAAGGCUGUUUUGGCACUGACGUAUAAUUUUUUCUGAUACAUUUUUCCAUGUAAUAUGAAAAUAUGACAAAGACUUGUGUUAUCUCUUUUUUUCAUACCUGUCAUCUGCUAUUUGUCAAGCUCUGCUUGAGGAGGAAGGAAAGAAGCAUGGGAAAAUGUGUGGAGGAGGGGCGUUUAUGAACAGGUGUGUCUGCCUGUGCAUUUGCAUAUUACCAACCAUUAUCCCGAUGUGACACGUACCUAGUGCUACGUAUAAAAGGCAGAGACAUGAUUCAUCUGCCUCAGGUUCACACUGCACUGUCUAAAAGUUAGGGCUGCUACUAUUAUAAAACUUUAUUAAUAAAGUAUUUUUGAAUUGAAUUGAAUUGAAUUAUGAAGAUGAGGAGUCUUCUGCUAGGGGUUUUUCUUGGACUUCUUGCUGUGAUCCACUCUUCACCUAUUGAAUGUCUAACUCCUUCUGCACGAGUCGUAUUUCAUAGCUGCUGCUCACAUCUCAAUGCCACCCCAAGAGAACACAGAGAGGUCUUUGUAAAAACGUGUGAGCUCCAAGAGCUAUGACCCAGAUUCCUGCCAGGCCAGAGGAGGACGUUCUAGAAGAGGCCAUGACAGAUGGGUUCCUUGUUGAACACUUUUUUGGCACAUCAUCCACAACUGAGCCACCCAAAAGAAACACAACCGUUCAGGCAUCCCAGCAGCCGUCUUUCAAAGUCCUAACCGAAGGCAGUGGGUUCUUAGAAAUCUAUGCUGAAUCACCUGAAACGUCCACAAUUAUUCAAGCAUCUCUGCAGCCAUCCUUUGACAUAUCAAGCGAGGGCAGUGGUUUCUUAGAGACGCCUACAUCGCCAAUAACCAAAACACCUGAAACAACAACUAUUCCUGCAUCUCCGAAACCAAUCUUUGAUAUCUCACUUGAGGAAAGUGAUACCACACAAAGCUUCCUUUCCUCUAAAACAGAAUCACCUGAACUUUCCACGGCCAUUCAAACAUCUCUACAGCCAAUAACAGAUUUCACAGCACAGGGUAGUGGUGACAGCUCAGUUUCCAGUUUAAGUACCAUAAAAACUCUGAGUGCUUCAACUACAUCCACCCCUACCUCCACAGAGCAGUCUGUACAAUCAACAACCCCCCAAAAAUCUCAAAAGGGAACUCGUCAAGCUAGAAUCUUCAAUUUGAACAAUGUUCCUAAUGAGGUCAUUUCCAUGACAGAAGAUUCAAAAAAACAAGUUCAGCUUCCUUAUGGCUCAAUUCCAAAUUCAAACAAGAACAAAAGACAAACACCUGAUUGGAUCAUUAUUGUUGGAUUUCUUGUUGGUCUGGCAGCACUUAUAACCCUUUUUGCUGCCAUUGCUACCAGAGACAAAUGGAAUGGUCCAAGCCAGACAUCCGAGAACAAAACUAAUGCCUCAAACCAGAAGAGGGAGCAGGAGAUGCAGACGUUCCUGCACAAAGAAGAGCCCAAAGAGAAUGGAAAGGAUGCUGAGUACACGGUUAUUCCACUGGACGAUCUUGCUGAUUGUUAUUCAUCAAACUGAGGUUGAGAGACUUGCCUUCUGGGGACUUAUCUGUAAAUCACAAGACUGUUUUUUUAAAGAACAUAAGAUCAGAGGAACACAACUGGACUAUUGAGAAGAAUUAUUUCUACAGAAUAUCACAGUUCUGGGCUUUGUCUGAAAGACAAAGAUCUAUUUUUAGUCAUUUCUUUUUUUAAUAAUGCCUUUCAAAAGCUUUACAGAGAGCCACACUUGAAAUGUAAAACAAUAGCUGAUAUAUUUAUUGCCAUAAUCAGCUGUUUUAUUACUUGUAAGAUAGACAAACAUUCGGGUAUGGUGCACAGAUGUCAUUUAUUUCAUUUCAACAACAAAAGAUUUUGCAAUGUAUAUUUUUUUUCCUUUUUUAUUGUAUUCUUUCAAUUUAGUUUUUUAAAAUGUUUAUUUGUUUUAAUAUUAUUUCAGCAUCUUUGUAGUAAUCUUAUUGAAGAAUGUAUUGUGAGCUCUAACUUACAUGAAGCUACUCUGCUGCUUUGCCAUUUUCAUUAUGCAAGCUGGGAACACUGAACAGUGCUUGGCCUGCUAACUCUCCCACACAGCACUUCAAAGGUUGUGAAAUGCACUUGCCCAAUAUUCAUUGCAUCCCACGUCGGACCGGAAAUAAACACAACAGCAACUCAUCAGUAAAUAUUUAUUUGUGUUUUUAUUUCAUAUUUACACAAAAUCUUAAAACAUUUAUUCACACCAUUUUCAAUUGUUUGGUACAAGCCCAUUCAGUUCUGUUAGCAUGUAGUCAGCCAGCGUCAAACGCAGGGAAAAAUUUAAUUCUUUCUUCAAUAUGUGCGUUGAAUAAAAAGGAAAAUAUAAACAAUUAACAUGUUAUCUAAAAUUUUACAUGUUAAUAAAAACACUAAAUGA